AGCCGGGGCACUGAGGGAACCCGGGGAGCCGGGAGAGGGAGGAGAGCCGGGGCACUGAGGGAACCCCGGCACAGACACAGCACGCACUGCCCCCGCACAUUGCCCCCUCACUGCCCUCAGCACCUGGGAGCGCUGAGGCGGCACCGAGGGCGGGUUCGCCAUGAGUUCCCCCAGAAGUUGGCGUCGCCCACGGGGGGCGCAGAGCGGGGCGAGCUCCCCAGCCUUUUUGGAGGGGCGGGGGGACAACACGGCUCCAGCUGCUGGUGUUUAAGGAAGUGGCAAAGGCAGUCCCCCUGUCCCAGCCUGGGCGGUCCAGCACAAGCAGCGCGGUUGCGGAGCAACGGGGCACGGGCGGCGUCCGGCGGCGCUUCCCGCUGUGGCGGGGCCGGGUGUUACAACGGCCUGCUAACUGCAGUGUUCCAUCCGGUAGUGCACAUGAUGUGCCUUCUGGGACAUUGAGGUGAUCACGAAGGAAGCAAGCAAAAAAUAAUGGAGAAAGUAGCCAGACUAUCAGGGGAGUCCUUUCAGGGAAUCCAACAUUCCCCACCUCCUCCUCUUGACAAGGUAAGCUCCAGGUCCAUCUCCCAUGUCCAGUGCUGCCACACAGCUAAUGAAGAUUCCUGUAGCUCUCUGCUGCCAAGAUGUCCAGUAACACACUGUCCUGUUUGUGCAUGGAGCCCAGGUCCCUUUUGCAGGCCCUUCAUACCCUCAACCAAAAGGAAUUUCACUGGUUCAUCUCCAGAGGCUUCCCGUGUCCUGAGGGGGGCUCGUGUGUUGGCAAGGAGAGACACUGAUGGCUUUUACUACCUGGGCCACAUUGUCCAGGAGGUGAAGGACUCCAGGGAAAGCUUUUUAAUUGAGUUUGACCAAAGUUGUGCUCCGAAGGGCAAGGUCCAGCGUGGCUGGCAGGAAACACCUGUCUAUGACAUUCUGCACUACGAGGACGCCCGGCGACACCCUCUUGCUCCAGGGGACAGGGUCUUGGCACCAUGGGAGGCUCCAGCCAAACGUUUUGGCCCUGGCACUGUGCUCAGGGUUCUGGAGAACACAGAGGCACCUUUAGCACACAAUGAAAAGGGAGUACUUGUGAAUUUCUGGAAUGGGCAGACUAAGGAGGUGUCUUCUGUCCAGGCUCUGCGGAUUCCUCUGCCCCUAAGCGAACGCAUCAUCCUGGAGCUGCAGAUGCCUUUGGCAGCCCGGCAGAUGGUGGUAGAUUCAAGCUUGGAUUACCCAUACCUUGUGGCACCAGGUUAUAGAGCCUCAGGGCAGUGCAGGCAGGGUCACCUGGAGCUGGAUUGCUGCCCAGGGGCUCUGUAUUCCACUCAUCCCUGUGCCAAGUGCAGCUGGGGCUGGACCUCACUUCCCCAGUGCUGCCUUGGAGCCUGGGAACCCUCACGGCCUGCAGAGUGCCAAGUGCAGCAGGAAAAUGCCUUCAUCCCCAGGGCAAGCUUGUCUGAAGAAAAGCUCAGCAAGAAAAUAGAACAGGAACUGUCUGAAUUGAGGAUUGCAUCUUCAGAAAGUGUUUCCAGAGAGGAAGAGAAAAAGGAAAAGAAGAGAUUGGAGACAGAAAACAUGCCAAAAGAUGUUAGGUCUUGUUUGGAGGAGAACUGUGAGGCUAUAGAAACUGAGAAGGGCUCUCAGAGGGGGAUGGCUCAUGCUGUGGUCGAUGCUGCUGUCAACACAGGCAGCUGGUUAAUGGAGACACAUCACAAGGAAGAAGCAGAGAGCAGACAGCAGGAUGCUGAAACUGAAGCUACUUUUGAACAUGAGCAUGGCCUUUUUGAGUCCAGAGUGGCAGAAGCUCCAGUCCAGCACUCCCAGAGGAGCCCUUCCCUGGGAAGCAGUGCUUUGGUCCCUUUCAGGCACCAGAGCUUCUUUGCCCAAGUGAAUCAGUCCCUGGAGAAAGACAGCCUGACCAUCAGAUCAGCCCUUCGUGUGCAGAGACCACACAGCACCCCCAACCUGCUGGCUGGGAGAUCCACACAUCACCCAAAUCUUCUAAAAGACAAAAGCAUCACAAAAUCAGUCCUCAGUGGUGCAUCUCAGGAGAGGUGGAAAGAGCUGGACUUGAACAGAGCCAAGAUUGAGCACAAAAGGUGGCAAGAGGAACAGAGGCAGCUGAAGAGGGAGCAGCAGCAAGAGGCAGAUGGCACCCGACGCCGGCUGCGCAGGGACAGCCAGAGGCAGCGAUUGCAUCAGAGAACAUUGCAAGGGCUGGAGAAACAGCUGGAGCACAGAGAGAGAGCUUUGCAGCACAUGGCACUGCUCCAGGCUGCUGGGGCAGAGAGGAGCAGGAAGGAAUCCUUCUUUCGAGAGGAGGAGGAGAGGAAGGCGAGGCAGAGGCUUCAGUUCUUAAAGACACAGCGUUUGCAGAGAGAGGAGUUGCAGGCAGAAAGCAACAAAAGGGCCUGUGAACAAGAGAAAGAAAGGCUGGAGUUACUGAGGAGCAGAAUGCAGUCACGGCAGGAAGUACUGGAACAAGAAUCCCAAGAGAAGGACAAACAGCAAAACCAGCACCAGGCUGCCAAAGUGAGAGUGUUCCAGAGGAGAGAGAGUUCUAAUUUGAAGAUGGAAAAAGAAGGCCAGAAACUCCGUGCCCUCCAGCAGUACCUCAGGGAACAGAACCUUCUGCUCCUCCGGUCAUCCCUGCUCAUGUAAGGAAGCUGCACAGUGGGUGAGCAGGGCCUGGAGUUCACAGCCUGCUGUGUCCUGUCAGGUGUGAGUCACUGUGCCAGAGCAGAGUUGUGACAGGUGGCAUUAGGAGUCCUGGGGACAUCUUUAACCUCCUUUUCACUGCAGCCAGAGUGGACUUCCACUGCUCUGUCCUUUACCUGCCUUUCUUUCUGCGGUCACUGGCUUCCCCUCUGCUGAGAGAGAGCAGCAGGGCACAUCUGGAGGCACUUCUCUGCAUCAGAAAUGAGGGGCUUCCUAGUGCAUUGCACUAUGGUGAGUGGAGGUGACAAAGGAGUGG